AAUUGGAACCUUGAUCAAAUAUCUGGACAAAUAACUCUGACCACAACCCUUGUCUGUCUGAUUUCUGCUCCCUGAAAGGGUACCCGACCAUGUUCUAUCAAGAGGGUCAAACUAUCUAAGCGCUUGUACAUCGCAAACGCCUGCACAGGAAUGUCAACCCUUAUUUAAACCUCAUUUCACGUUCUUUAGGCUAUCAAGGCACUCUUACUGCCCACGGAACAAGGGGAACACGUUGGCUAUGACAUGUGAAUGAUGAAGACUCAGCCAAGAUGUAACAGCCACUCUUGUCGGCCACGAAUCUCGGAGUGACAUUUGCCCAUUCCUGGCUAACGACCGGGAAACCAGCCCUCAAGAUUCUAUGCCUUAUAAGUAUCGUAUAUCAAUCAUCAACAAUUAACAGCCCACUAAUCUCUUCAGACCCCCCAUUUGAUCUGCAGUCUCAUGUCAGAACAAGAAAUCAUUGUUGGUCUCCUCUGGAACAACUAUCUAUCUGUGGCACUCAUCACUCUGAUGUCUUAUGAAUAUCUUCUUUUGUUGGACAAGGAGGUUAGAUAUGUCUGGAAACGACCAUGGUCACUGAUGUCAUGUUUGUACCUCAUCGUUCGAUAUUUCGGUCUUUUCCUGGCACUGCUUUGCGGCUUCUGGGGAGGGCUAUUGUAUAUAUCUGAAUCAGUCAGCUACGAUCUCGUCGUUCUAAUUGAAUGGGGAUUUUCAGUGUAUUUCUGGUUUGCGGAAGCCAUUCUCAUUUGGCGUCUUUAUGCCAUAUGCGAUCAAUCCAAGCUCCUACUUUAUGUUCUGGUGGGAUUGUUCUUGCCUAUCGUCGCCCUCUCAAUUGGGACGGACAUCUAUCUAUACAGUCGACAUAGUGCGUUUUCAGUGAAAGAAAUCAUAACUCCGAACGUCAAGUACUGCACGCUUUCUUUCAACAUCGGACCUAUGCCUGCGAUCUAUACUUCCAUUCCGAUUGUGUGCUAUGAUAUCUUACUAGUUGUUCUUGCGGCUGCCAUCCUCGUGAGGCACCUUAAGGAACGAAGAGGGACUCAAAUGAGGGCUAAUUCAUAUAUGAUCCUGAUCGUUCGGUAUCAUAUUCUGUACUUUGCCCUGAAUUUGACAAACCAAAUCUUAUUGGUUAUAUUAUGGGCUCACAUUCCGACCCCGGUGAUGUGUAUCUCAGAAUUCUUCAAUGAUACUGCGCCGUUUAUUCUCGCGCCCCGUCUCAUCAUCAGUAUUUGGGAUACGCAUGCCCACGAUGACUGCGUGGAAGUCAGUACAACAUUCGAGGAUUGUGUUCGAGCAGCACGAGAUGGAUUCCGUUGUCGUGUAAUUCUGGGGUGCUCAGGCUGGUUCCUCAGUAUGAAGAAAAAGUAA